UUAUAUUUUGCUUUUCAUUUUCCGAUUUUCAUUUACAAGCCAAAUUGCCGAUAAACAUACCCACAAAUCCACACAUAUCAAAUGAAAAAAAAAACUCAGAAAACCUCUUAAAAUUGUUGCAAAUACAAAAUAAAAGUUCCUAGUUCAAAUCUAUCUACAUUGACUUUACCAAAAUUACUCCCAGCAAAGGAAAAAACAAAAUUUUGUCACUGAAAAUGCGCCGAAUGAACAAUUUAAUAACCCUCUUCAGUGCCAUCUUUGCAUUUUUCUUUGGUUCCUUUUUGACUACAAUCGUUACAAAUAUUGAAAAAUGUCCAUCAAAAACUACCGUCUCCAAAUUAGAACAAAAUCAUGACAUAUUCUUGAUGGUUUUAGUUCUUUCAGCUCCCAAUUAUAUCGAUAAAAGACAAAUAAUUCGCGACACUUGGUUGAAAGUAGCUAGACCAUUAGUUCAACCAUAUUACCCAGAGGACUUUGUCUAUGUCCCAGAUUACGAUGAAGAUGGCUUUCUUGAAAUGGAAUCUGUAGCCGAACAAUCCAACCGCAUUCGCAACUAUCUAGAUUGGUUAGAUGGAGUUGAAAAUGCUGUUGCCAGCAGGCGAUUCAUUAAAAUCAAACACUAUUUCGCCAUUGGAACACAAAACCUUAGUCCAGUUCUUAUGGGGGAACUUAGAAAAGAACAAAAUGAAUUCAAUGACAUGCUCUUUUUGCUAGAUGUCCGCGAUUCCUAUGCAAAUCUUACAAAGAAACUUAUUUCAUCUCUUGAGCAUCUCACUAAUCACGAAUCAUUCACUUAUUUACUCAAAGUAGAUGACGAUUCGUAUGUGAAAAUGGACUAUCUUGUCAAUGAACUUGUUUCUUUUGAUAGGAAAUUAAUCAGAAAGUCCUCGGAAUAUAAAACAAACCCAAUUCCAGAAUUGUAUUGGGGUUUCUUUAAUGGACGAGCGGCCAUCAAAACUCGGGGACAAUGGAAAGAGGAGCAUUAUUACAUUUGUAGUAAAUAUGCUCCAUAUGCCCUUGGUGGAGGGUAUGUUAUUAGUCGUUCCAUUGCUGAAUAUAUUGAUGCAAACUCCCAGAUCCUUAACACUUAUGUCAGUGAGGAUAUAUCAAUGGGAACAUGGUUAGCUCCGUUAAGAAAUAUCUACAGACGCCAUGACAUUCGCUUCGAUACCGGAUACAUGCCAAGGAAGUGCCGACGACAGCAUAUAGUUUUGCAUAAGAGAACAAUUCAACAAAUGAAAGACUUGUAUGAGGGCAAGUUGUGUACGUUUGAGGUGCCAAAGGAAAAUACACUUAAGCGGCCAUUGGAGUAUUAUUACGAUUGGAAGAAACCAGCGGAAUCAUGCUGUAAUAAUAUAGCAGUUUAGGUUAAGCCAAUUUUUAGAUCAACUCUAUACUCUUUUUCUAGUCACUAUUUAUAACUUUUAACCGAAGAAUAAUAAUACAUAUAUCAGUAGAUUAAUGUGAA